AAUGCUCCCCCGUCGCCUGAAGAACGCUUGGAGCUGGCCGAAAUCGCGGCUCAAUCUUCUCGUGCAGUAGCGGACCUUGAGCGGAGGAUUGCCCAGGCCCAAGGAAUGCCCGAUAGCCUUGUUUGCGAACUUGGUGUUGCUACAGAGCAACUCAGGAGUUCCAAAAUGCUGUUACAUCCCAUUCGUACUUUAUCUGAUGAUGUCCUAUACGAAAUCUUCAUCUGUUGCUCACCUACCUGCCUCAUGAUUCCAUUACGAACGUUACCGCCAUGGACCAUCUCUCAGGUUUCUCAACAAUGGAGAUUGGUGGCUGUCUCUGCGUCAUGCCUAUGGUCUUCAAUAUCUCUUUAUUUCCCCUCC